AGGUGGCGACAUUUUUCAGCUUGUUUGUUGUGCGUUUUUUCCUUUUUGAAAUAAAUAACUUACUUUUGUAGUAAAUAAAGAAAGUAUUCAUUCAAUUGCUUCUGAGAAGAAUCGAGCAUGGCGGAUGCUGCAGCGAGGCAGCUCCAAUACGAGUAUAAAGCGAACUCUAAUCUUGUACUUCAAGCGGAUGUACGUCUUAUUGAAAGACGAAGCAGAGAUGAGGCCACCGGUGAAGUUAUGUCCCUCGUGGGAAAACUCACAAGUACAAAAAUGGGUGACCGAGCUCAAAGGACUAAGCCUGGAAAAGCUGAAGAGAGAAAAGUCAAACGUCAGAAAAGAGAUGAAGCUCAAUAUGAUUUUGCCAGAAUGAAGGGAGCCACACUACUUUCAGAAGGUGUAGAUGAAAUGGUUGGUAUUAUAUACAAACCCAAAACCCAAGAAACCAGGCAGACCUAUGAAGUACUAUUGAGUUUUUUGCAAGAAGCUUUAGGUGACCAACCUAGAGACAUUAUUUGCGGCGCAGCAGAUGAAGUACUGUCAGUAUUGAAAAAUGAUAGACUAAAAGAGAGGGAAAAGAAAAAAGAAACUGAACAAUUAAUAGGAUCUAUCCCUGAAGAACGUUUUGCUUUACUGGUAAAUUUAGGCAAGAAAAUUACAGAUUUUGGAACAGAUGAAUUAAAAGCUAAUGUAGGAGAGGAAAAUAUUGAUGAAACUUAUGGCAUCAAUGUACAAUUUGAAGAAUCUGAAGAAGAGGAUGAUGAAGACAUGUAUGGAGAAGUACGUGAUGAGUUUGAAGAUGAAGAAGGUGAAGAAGCAAGAGAAGAUGGGGCGAUUCAUGCAGAAAAUCUAGGUGUAAGUGUAGAAGAACUGAAGAAGGAAAAAGCUUUACAUCCCAUGGAUAUUGAUGCCUAUUGGUUGCAAAGAAAAUUGUCCAAGAUCUAUGAUGACGCUAUGAUAUCUCAAGCAAAAGCUGGUGAAGUAUUAAAUGUUUUAAGAGACGCCACUGAUGAUAGAGAAUUGGAAAACCAGCUUGUUUUAUUAUUGGGAUAUGAUUGUUUUGAUUUUAUUAAACAACUAAAGAAAAAUAGGAAAUUAAUUUUAUAUUGCACACUUUUGGCCAAGUCCCAAAGUGAAACAGAACGUCAAAAGUUAAAGGAAAAGAUGAUGGAAGAUCCUGCUUUAAAAAGAAUAUUAAAGUUGCUUGAAACUGGAAAAGGUGAUGAAGAAAAUGGUGAUGAUGAUAGCACAUCUAGAUCGCGUAAACGCAAACUCAGUAGUGAUGAAGAAGAUGAGAUUGAUGAUGAUUUAGAGAAAAAUCAAGUUGCAGGAAACAGAAAACUUAUUGAUUUUGAAGAUUUGGUAUUUUCACAAGGAUCUCAUUUUAUGGCGAAUAAGAGAUGUCAAUUGCCAGAUGGAUCAUUCAGAAAACAAAGAAAAGGAUACGAAGAAGUGCAUGUACCUGCCUUAAAACCCAAACCAUAUGCAGACGAUGAAAAAUUGCAACCAAUUGAAGAGUUGCCCAAAUAUGUACAGCCAGUUUUUGAUGGUUUCAAAACCCUGAAUCGAAUUCAAAGUAGAUUAUGUAAGGCUGCUUUAGAAGGCGAUGAGAAUAUUCUACUUUGUGCACCAACAGGCGCAGGUAAAACAAAUGUAGCUUUGCUCACAAUGAUGCGUGAAAUUGGAAAACAUAUCAACCCAGAUGGUACCAUAAACGCGGACGAGUUUAAAAUUAUCUACAUUGCUCCCAUGAGAUCUCUGGUACAAGAAAUGGUGGGUAAUUUUGGCAAAAGACUUGCCAGUUACAAUAUAAUCGUCCACGAGUUGACUGGAGACCAUCAGUUGACCAGAGAGCAAAUUGCUGAAGCUCAGGUUAUUGUUUGUACACCAGAGAAAUGGGAUAUUAUUACAAGAAAAGGCGGAGAAAAAACCUUUACUUCACUGGUACGUCUGAUAAUUAUAGACGAAAUUCAUUUGCUACACGAUGAAAGAGGUCCGGUUCUUGAAGCUCUUGUUGCCCGUACUAUAAGAAUGAUUGAAUCGACUCAAGAAGAAGUUAGAUUAGUUGGACUUUCUGCUACUUUGCCCAAUUACCAAGAUGUAGCUGCUUUUUUGAGGGUGCAACCUGACAGUGGCUUGUUCUACUUUGAUAACAGUUUCAGACCUGUGGCCUUGGAGCAACAAUAUAUUGGCGUGACCGAAAAAAAAGCUACCAAAAGAUGUCAAAUAAUGAAUGAAAUUGUUUACGAAAAAACUAUGGAGCAUGCUGGUAAAAAUCAAGUGUUGAUUUUUGUCCACUCAAGAAAUGAAACUGGCAAAACUGCAAGAGCUAUUAGGGAUAUGUGCUUAGAGAAAGACACACUGGGACAGUUUUUGAGAGAAGGCUCAGCUUCUAUGGAAGUUUUAAGAACAGAAGCAGAACAAGUAAAGAAUAACGAAUUGAAAGAUUUGUUGCCUUAUGGCUUUGCUAUACAUCAUGCUGGUAUGACUAGAGUGGACAGGACUUUGGUUGAGGAUUUGUUUGCAGAUAGACAUAUCCAGGUAUUAGUUUCAACCGCUACAUUAGCCUGGGGUGUUAACUUACCAGCUCAUACAGUUAUCAUCAAGGGAACACAAAUUUAUGAUCCCACCAAAGGAAGAUGGGUAGAAUUGGGAGCACUGGACGUUUUACAAAUGUUGGGUCGUGCUGGAAGACCUCAAUAUGAUACCAAAGGAGAAGGUAUCCUUAUAACUAAUCACAGUGAGCUACAAUACUACUUAUCCCUUCUCAAUCAGCAACUACCAAUUGAAUCGCAGCUGGUAUCGAAAUUGCCAGACAUGCUUAAUGCUGAAAUAGUUUUGGGAACAAUUCAAAAUGUGAGAGACGCGGUUACAUGGAUUGGCUAUAGUUAUUUGUACAUUAGAAUGUUGAGAGCCCAUACUCUCUAUGGAAUUUCUCAUGACCAAUUGAAACAUGAUCCUCUUCUGGAGCAACAUAGAGCUGAUUUGGUUCAUACUGCGGCUCUUCAUUUAGACCGAAGUGGCUUAGUGAAAUAUGAACGUAAAACUGGUCAGUUUCAGGGUACCGAAUUGGGCCGUAUUGCUUCUCAGUAUUAUUGCACUCACGAAACUAUGUCUACUUAUAAUCAAUUACUAAAGCCUUAUUUGAGCGACAUUGAUUUAUUCAGAGUGUUUUCUUUGUCAGGGGAAUUUAAAAAUAUUGCUGUAAGAGAAGGUGAACCUGGUGAAUUGCAAAAAUUAAUGGAAAGAGUUCCAAUUCCUAUUAAGGAGAGUAUUGAAGAGCCAAGCGCAAAAGUAAACGUGUUAUUGCAAGCCUACAUUUCACAACUGAAAUUAGAAAGCUUUGCAUUAAUGUCUGAUAUGGUUUAUGUUACCCAGUCAGCUUCGAGAUUAAUUAGAGCAAUUUUUGAAAUUGUACUUCACAGAGGCUGGGCACAGCUUGCAGAUAAAGUAUUAAAUCUUUGCAAAAUGGUGGACAAAAGAAUGUGGCAAUCCAUGUCCCCGUUAAGGCAAUUUAAAAAAAUGCCAGAAGAAAUUGUGAAAAAAAUUGAAAAGAAAUAUUUCCCUUGGGAAAGGCUCUAUGAUCUUGGCCCAAAUGAAAUUGGAGAGCUUAUUAGAGUACCGAAAUUGGGCAAAACCAUACACAAAUAUGUUCAUCAAUUUCCAAAACUUGACUUAUCCACUCACAUUCAACCAAUCACCAGAUCCAUGCUUAAAGUUGAAUUAACGAUUACGCCAGAUUUUCAAUGGGAUGAAAAACUACACGGACACGCUGAAGCUUUUUGGAUUUUUGUGGAAGACGUUGAUUCAGAAGUGAUUUUACAUCACGAAUUUUUCUUGUUGAAACAAAAAUAUUGUCAAGACGAACAUUUGAUUAAAUUCUUUGUGCCGAUAUUUGAACCUUUGGCUCCUCAUUAUUUUUUGAGAAUCGUUUCUGACAGAUGGAUUGGAGCUGAAACACAACUACCUGUCUCAUUCAAGCAUCUUAUUCUACCAGAAAAGAACUUCCCACCAACUGAACUUCUCGAUCUACAACCCCUACCAAUUACAGCUUUAAGAAAUGAAAAAUACGAGGCUCUUUACAAUGAUAAAUUCCCACAAUUCAAUCCCAUUCAAACGCAAGUUUUCAAUUCAGUAUACAAUGGUGAUGAAAAUAUUUUUAUUGGUGCUCCAACUGGUUCAGGUAAAACUACAAUAGCUGAGUUUGCCAUUUUGCGUUUGUUUGAUAGAAACCCAGAAGGUAGAUGCGUUUAUUUGGUACCCAGAGACGCACUUGCUGAGCUUAUUUUUGCUGAUUGGCAUAAUAAGUUUGGAAAGUUUCUUGGUAGAAAAGUCGUCCUAUUAACAGGAGAAACUGGUACUGAUUUGAAAUUGCUGGCUAAGGGACAGGUGAUAAUUACUACUGCUGAAAAAUGGGAUGUAUUGUCAAGAAGAUGGAAACAAAGGAAAAAUGUUCAAAAUAUUAACUUGUUUAUUGUGGACGAAUUACAUUUGCUUGGUGGGGAAGAUGGGCCUGUUAUUGAGAUAGUUUGUUCAAGGAUGAGGUAUAUUUCAUCACAGAUUGAGAAGCCCAUUCGUAUUGUAGCCUUGAGUGGUUCUUUGACUGAUUACAAGGAUGUGGCACAAUGGUUAGGUUGCAAUGCCAAUGCUACCUUUAAUUUUCAUCCAAGUGUAAGACCAAUACCGUUAGAAUUGCAUGUGCAAGGGUUUAAUUUAACCCAUAACGCAUCUAGGCUUAUUGCUAUGGGAAAGCCUACCUAUAAUACUAUUUCACGGCAUAGUCCUCAUAAACCUGUAAUUGUGUUUGUUCCUACAAGAAAACAAGCCAGGCUUACUGCUAUAGAUUUGUUAACUUAUGCUGCUGCAGAGGGCCAAUCCAAUAAAUUUUUUCAUGCUGAUGAGGACGAUAUUAGACCGUUUUUGGAUAGGAUGACAGACAAGACUCUCAAAGAAACUUUAUCUCAAGGGGUAGCCUAUAUGCACGAGGGAUUAACUGCUGCCGAUUUGCGUUUAGUAGAACAACUUUUUGAAUCAGGAGCUGUUCAAGUAGCUGUAGUCACUCGUGAUUUGUGUUGGGCAGUGAACAUUUUUGCUUAUUUAGUUAUCAUUAUGGAUAGUCAGUUCUUUAAUGGAAAAAUCCAUGCAUAUGAAGACUAUCCUAUUACUGAUGUACUACAAAUGGUGGGUCGUGCAAAUCGUCCACUUGAAGAACAUGACGCUAAAUGUGUUUUAAUGUGUCAAUCUUCAAAGAAAGAUUUCUUUAAGAAGUUCUUGAGUGACCCACUUCCAGUUGAGAGUCACUUGGACCAUAGGCUCCAUGACCAUUUCAAUGCGGAAAUCGUCACAAAAACCAUUGAAAACAAACAAGACACUGUAGAUUAUCUUACAUGGACAUUUCUGUAUAGAAGAUUAACACAAAAUCCAAAUUACUAUAACUUGCAAGGAGUCACUCACAGACAUUUGUCAGACCAUUUAUCUGAACUUGUUGAAAAUACACUGUCAGAUUUGGAACAGUCUAAAUGUAUUAGCGUUGAAGAAGAUAUGGAUUGUGUACCAUUGAACUUGGGAAUGAUUGCUGCUUAUUAUUAUAUUAAUUAUACUACAAUAGAACUGUUCAGUUUAUCACUUAACAGCAAAACCAAAAUAAGAGGUUUGCUGGAAAUCAUUUCAUCGUCGGCCGAAUACGAAGAUAUCCCAGUUAGACACCAUGAAGAUAAUAUUUUAAGGCAAUUGGCACAAAAACUUCCAAAUAAACUAACCUCCUUGUCAGGUGGUCAACCUAAGUUUAACGAUCCUCAUGUGAAAACAAAUUUACUUCUACAGGCCCAUCUAUGCAGAUUGCAACUAGGGGCAGAACUUCAAGGAGACACCGAAGUGGUACUGGCCAAAGCGAUAAGACUCAUUCAAGCUUGUGUAGAUGUGCUGAGUUCAAAUGGUUGGCUUUCACCUGCAGUAGCUGCUAUGGAACUUGCACAAAUGGUGACUCAAGCUAUGUGGAGCAAAGAUUCUUAUUUGAAACAAUUACCACAUUUCAAUACGGAAAUUAUUAAACGGUGCACUGAAAAAGGAGUUGAAACUGUUUUUGAUAUAAUGGAACUAGAAGACGAAGAUAGAACGAAACUGUUGAGCCUGAACGAUUCCCAAAUGGUUGAUGUAGCUAGAUUCUGCAACAGAUAUCCAAAUAUUGAACUCACUUAUGAAGUUUUGGAUAAGGACAAGAUUCAUUCGGGAUCAUCUGUGCACGUGGCUGUACAAUUGGAAAGAGAAGAUGAAGUUAAUGGGCCUGUUAUAGCUCCCUUCUUCCCACAGAAACGUGAAGAAGGUUGGUGGGUAGUUAUCGGAGAUUCCAGAACAAAUUCUCUACUGUCUAUCAAGAGACUUACCCUACAGCAAAAAGCAAGAGUAAAGUUAGACUUUGUAGCUCCCAGUCCUGGGCAUCACGGUUAUACAUUGUACUUUAUGAGUGAUGCUUAUUUAGGGUGUGAUCAAGAGUACAAAUUUGCUAUUGAUGUUGGUGAUUUUGAAUCUAGUGCUAGCGAUUCCGAGUAAAAGUAGUUUCAUAAUUAAUGUAAUUUUUGGUUAAGAUAAUAUUGUGUAAUAAAUGAAAUUUUCUUUAUUAAUUAAAGAUUUUUUUAAGCUAGAA